ACCGAAAGAGAGAGAGAGAGAGAGAGAGACAAGACAAUGAACAACGCAUUCUCAAAUGCAAAAGGAUUGUACUUUGGUGAUCCUUUGGUAGAUGAUAUAAAGUCAAAGCAACAGGAUAAUGAACAUGAUCUGGUGUUGUUGGAGGCGAGGUUGGCAGACGUCGAACAUGAGAUGUCGGUGAUGCUAUCUCUCAAACAAGAGUUGGUUGACAAUAUACAGCGCGUGAAGAAGGACAAGUAUGCACUGGACCAGCGCAUGGUGCAUUGCAAGCACUCGGUGCUGCUCAAGUGGAAGCACCUGGCCGCCAAGUUUGGCUUCUCCGAGUCGGAGGCGCCGUCGAUCAUCUCACUGCUGCCCACCGAGGUCAUGCUCAACAUCUUUGGCUUCCUCUCAUUCCAGGACAUCAGCUUCUCGGUCUCGCGCGUCAGCAAGCUGUGGCAUCGUCUGUCAAUGUCCGACGUCAUCUGGAAGUAUCUGUUCCAGUGCAAGUGGAACACAUUGGACGUGCAUCAUCAGAACGAGUCCAAGCCGCUCAAGGUCAUUGCGUCGUCGUUCUGGUCCAGUCCCAUCCUGCCGCCGUCGCAGCCUCCCAACGCGGAGAUACUGCCAUCGACCAUCUUCUCGACGCAACAGCCACACACGACCAAUCCUCAAUACUCCUCAUCGUCAUUCAGUUCAUUCACAAACAAUGUUAACAAUAGCAUCAACAACAACAACAACAUCAAUGUGGACGUCAACAACAACAACAACAACAACAACAACAUUGUUGAUGCCAACAACAACAAUAACAGUAACAAUCAUAAGCGCGUUAGGAUAGAUUGGCGCGAGCUCUAUCUCAAACGUUUGAAGAUCGAGCAUAACUGGUGGACGAGCAACUGUCGCUCCAAGAAGUUCCCCGGCCACUCGGACUGGACGACGUGCAUGCAGUUCGAUGCCAAGAUCCUCGUGACGGGCUCGUGGGACUCGUCGCUCAAGCUCUGGAACAUCGACACGGGUGACUGCGUCGUGCUGUCCAGUCCGCAGAUGGGUGGCCACCAGGCUGGCAUCACCUGCAUCCAGUUCAAGGGCAACAGACUCAUCAGUGGCAGCUCCGAUGCAACACUGCGCAUCUGGGACCUGUCCACAGGUGACUGUCUGCAUGUUCUGCGCGGACAUACCGAGGGUGUCAGCUGUCUGACCAUCAUCGACGACAACACCGUGGCCAGUGGUUCAUUGGACAACACCAUCAAUCUCUGGUCCAUUGAGACUGGCAAGCUAUUACAUUCAUUCUCUACUCAUGUCACAGGCAUCACUUGUUUGUAUUACAAGAACAACUUGCUCAUUAGUGGAACGAUGGGUGGAGUGCUCAACGUGAUUGACUUGCCAUCACGCAUCGUGGUGCAGACGCUACAUGGACACAGCGAUCGUGUCACUUCUAUACAGUGGUGGGACAAUCCCAACGGCGAGUCACACAUCGUAAGCUCGUCGUGGGACUAUACACUGCGCGUCUGGAACAUCCAGACAGGCCGCGCCAUCCACGUGCUCUCGGGCCACACAUUCCGAGUGCGUUGUACAUAUAUCCGUGGCAACAUCCUUGUGUCGGGCUCGUGGGACACUACAGUGCGUGUCUGGGACCUGCUCACAGGCAAGUGCAUCCACACACUGAUUGGACAUAGCUUCAAUGUUUGGGGCGUCCAGUUUGAAGGCAAGCGAUUGGUCACUGCUGGAUGGGAUCGCAAGGUCAAGGUCUGGGACAUUGAGACUGGCAAGCUACUCUACACCCUGGAGGGCCACACCGAAUCAAUCAUAUGUCUCCAAUUCAAAGGUAGCAAGCUAGUCACUGCUGCCAAAGAGAUAAUAGUCUGGGACUUUGAU